GACGAUGCAUGCUUUUCCACCUCUUCUCUGCAAAGCUCUUUGGAGAGCUCUUCUGGAGGUUUGAUUAAACAUGUUCAGUUUGGUCAGACUAGCACAGAUCUUAGCCACACUUUUUCUCCACAUUCCACUGACAGAGGUCUCGGACACUAAAAGCAUGGCCCACUCCAAAGUGAUAUUGUUUCAUGAUGUGUGGGCUCGGAGUGUGUGUCACCCCCUGGAGAGGCUGGUGGAGGUAGACCAGGAGUAUCCCGGGAUUGUGGAGUACAUCAUCAGUCCUCGCUGUGUGCCUCUUCAUCGCUGUGCUGGCUGUUGUAAUGAUGAACUAUUACAAUGCACUCCUACCCUUACUCACAACAUCACAAUACAGCUGUUAAAAAUAAGCCCAGCACAGAUGACGGGGCAGUAUGCAGAAUUUUCAUUUUUGGAGCACCACUCCUGCGAGUGCAGACCCAAACAGAAUAUUAUCAAAUCUAAGAGCAGGCAGUGGCUAAGUAGGCCAUACAGGGGAAGAAAAGAGAAGAAAGGGAAAGGGAAAACAAAACAUGGUAGCAGGUAUCAUAAUCACUUCAGCUAAGAAACCCCUAUCUUUUUCUUCUUUUUCUUUUAAUCAAAGACAUUGACUUUUUUGCAUUUGGAAUGAAAGCCAUGGUGAGUUAUUCUCUCAAGAGAAGAUUUUGCAGUCUACAGACAAUAAGAAAUCCUCCGGGAAGAAUAGAAUAACACAGUUAAGGCUCUGUAAUCCCCUUCUGUUGUAUUGCUUGCUUAAUCCCUCUGCUGUGGAGAGUGUGGCCAUGAAAAUAACAAGGAGAAAUGACUUUGUGACAAGAAGGGUGACCACAAAGAUGACUGAAUGCUAUUAUGAUAAUCUUUGAUGAUAAUCAGUGCCAGUGCAUGGGCUCAUCUCCACAAAUCAGUAUUUGCAUGUUUGUCCUGCACAUAGCAUUUUUCUUGUACAUAGAGAAAGCCAGUUAUGUCUAAUGUAUGUAAUCAAUAUUAAAUUAUUCAAAUAUGUACCUGAUUUUGCUUUCUAAUAUAUUCAA